AUGUAUAAGAAUCAGGCGCAACCUCAGCUGCAGCCGCAGCCGCAGCCGCAGUCGCAGCCGCAGCCACAGGAACCCUCUGCUAUCGCUGGUGCGAUGGGCGGCUACGGCAGCUAUCAGCAGCAGAACCGCCAGUACGGCGGCGGCAACCGCGGCUUCAACGAUGCCCAAGGCACCUACGGAGGCGGCUUCAAUCGCAACGGCGGCGGUGGCGGCUUCCGCGGCGGCUUUGGCGGCUUUGGCGGUGGCGCGCGAGGCCCGGUGCGCGAGCUCGUCGGCAACAAUCACUAUCACCGCGAAGAGAAGUCCGAGGAGGAGAUCUUCAAGGAGCACACUCCGGGUAUCAACUUCGACCAAUACGAGGCGAUUAAGGUGUCCAUCACUCCAAAUGACGUGGAGCCGGCGGAGUCGUUUGCCACGAUGGCGCUCGCCCCGGCGCUGGCGGAGAACGUGAACCGCUGCCGCUACCAGAAGCCAACCCCGGUACAGAAGUACGGCAUCCCGUGUGUGCUGAACGGCAGCGAUCUGAUGGCAUGUGCCCAGACCGGCUCCGGUAAGACUGCCGCUUACCUCAUCCCGGCCAUCAACUUCAUGCUGGUCAACAACCUCAACCGCGCCAAGCCCACGAACAGCCAGGCCGCCCCGUCCGCGCUGGUGCUGUCGCCGACGCGCGAGCUGUCCAUUCAGAUUUACGAGGAGGGCCGCAAGUUCACGUACCGCACCGGUUUUCGUUGCGUUGUCGUGUACGGCGGGGCGGACCCGCGCCACCAGAUCCACGAGCUGACCCGCGGCUGUGGUUUGCUGGUGGCGACGCCGGGCCGUCUGUCUGACAUGUUCACCCGCGGCUACACCCGCUACUCGGACGUCCGCUUCCUCGUACUCGAUGAGGCUGACCGCAUGCUCGAUAUGGGCUUUGAGCCGCAGAUUCGCGCGAUCGUCCAGGGCCCGGACAGCGACAUGCCACCGCCGGGUGAGCGCCAGACGCUGCUGUACUCAGCCACCUUCCCGAAGGAGAUUCAGCAGAUGGCCCGUGAGUUCCUGUACCACCACCACUUCCUGCAGGUUGGUCGUGUGGGCUCGACCACCGAGAACAUCACCCAGGAUGUGCGCUGGGUCGAAGACAUGGACAAGCGCGGCUGCCUGCUGGAGGUUCUAAAGGAGCACCAGGGUGAGCGCGUCCUCGUGUUCGUGGAGAAGAAGCGCGACGCCGACUACCUGGAGCGCUACCUGCGUCAGAGCCGCAUCCCCUGCUCCUCCAUCCACGGCGACCGCGUGCAGCGCGAGCGUGAGGAGGCUCUCGACAUCUUCAAGAGUGGUGUGUGCCGCGUGCUGGUUGCAACCGACGUCGCCUCGCGUGGUCUGGAUAUCCCCAACGUCGCGGUGGUGGUCCAGUACGACCUGCCCAGCAACAUCGAUGACUAUGUGCACCGCAUCGGCCGUACGGGUCGUGCCGGCAAGCGCGGUACAGCAAUCUCCUUCUUCAACGAUAAGAACCGCAAUAUCGUCGAUGACCUGAUUCCGCUCCUGCGCGAAACGAACCAAACGGUGCUGCCGGAGGUGCAGGCACUGGCCAAGAAGCCCAACGUGCAGAACCAGCCUCGCGGUCGCGGCCGUGGUGGCUUCCGCAGUGGUGGCUUCGGCGGCGGUUUCGGUGGCGGCUAUGGUGGUGGCUACGGCGGUCGCGGCGGAUACCGCGGUGGCGGCGGCUUUGGUGGCGGCUACGGCGGCGGCUACGGUGGUGGCUACGGCGGCAACAACGGCGGCUACCGUCCCCGCGGUGGCUACGGCGGUGGCUACGGCGGUGGCUACGGCGGUGACCGCAACAUGCGAUCUGACGUCUUUGGUCAGUAG